UGGUACCAAAUUUUUUCACCCCUAUAACCUUACCCGAUUCUUCUCAGUUAUUAUUAUAUAUGCAUUUUCUUUCAAUCAAACAUAUAUACGAUCCAAUUUCUCUAUCUUUUAUUCCUUAUUUAACUUUUUAAAUCAUGGAUCAUAGCUCUGACAAAUUUGCAGCUACUGGAUUUUUGUUCUUGCAACCCAAAAAUAUUGGUUUCUUUGAACUAUUUAGGGUCUAUUUUGGCACUACUAAGUUACACAAAGAAAACUUUGUCCAAUGCAAUGAGGUUGUUGAAGAGGAUAGUUUGGAUGAAUACAAGUCUCUUGUAUUUGUAUCGCUAUUGUUACAAAAGUUGAUGCUGUUGUUUAAGUAUCCAUUGAAAUAUCUUGGCUUCACUAUUGAGUUAUUUUUGAACUUGGCUAGUGGCAAUUGCAACAUUUUCCAGAUCAUUUCCAACCUUCUCCAAGGUAAGGAGCUAGUGGAUACAAAUUCAGCAGAUUAUGUGUCAAUUAUUGGUCAUUUGGACAAUAGAGUGGAAUUGGACAAAAGGAUCCAACGUGAUGACCCCAAAUAUAAUGUUGCUUUGUCUAUGAUGGCUUCUAAAGCAGCUUACGAGAAUCAAGCUUUUAUACGAGACACCGUUGAAAAUCACUGGAAGAUGGAAGUUGUGGCAAGCGGCGAUUACUGGAAUGAUUUUGAAGGAGAAGCUACAACUCAAGCUUAUGUACUCCUAAAUAAAAGUGACAAUCACGACACUUACAUAGUGACUUUUAGAGGAACUGAAUUCUUUGAUGCUGAUCAAUGGUCUUGUGAUUUUGAUAUCUCAUGGUUGGAGCUUCCUAGUCUUGGAAAAACUCAUGCCGGUUUCAUGAAAGCUUUAGGUUUACAAAAAAGUAAUAUGGGAUGGCCUAAAGAAAUUGACAAAAAUAAUCAUGGCCAUGCACCUGAAGCGUACUACUUCAUUAGAGAUUUACUAAAGAAGCAUUUAGAUGGAAAUGAUAAAGCAAAAUUUAUUGUGACCGGUCACAGUUUAGGUGGAGCUCUUGCUAUUCUAUUUCCUGCAAUAUUGAUAUUGCAUGAGGAAACAUUUCUUUUAGAGAGGCUUGAAGGAGUGUACACAUUUGGUCAACCAAGAGUUGGAGGUGAUAUAUUUUCUAAGUACAUGGAGAAGAAUUUAAAAGAAAAUGGUGUUAUGUUUUACAGGAUAGUUUACAGCUAUGAUAUUGUUCCUAGGUUGCCCCCUGAUUACAAAGAUAUCUUGUUUAGGCACUUUGGGACAUGUCUUUAUUAUGACAGAAACUAUAAUUGCAAGAAAAUGCAAGAGGAACCAAACAAAAACUACUUCUCUUUGUCAGAGAUAAUUCCGAUGUCAUUGAAUGCUUUUUGUGAGCUCAUAAGGAGCUUUUUUAUGGUUUCAAGAUAUGGAUCUGAGUAUCAAGAGGGAUGGCUUUUAAGAAUUUUUCGACUUGUGGGUUUAGUAAUUCCUGGUGCAUCUAAUCACAUACCCCAAGAUUAUGUUAAUGCUACUCGGUUGGGAUCAAUACCCUCGAAGAUGGAUUGAUGCAUGAAUUUUGACAUUUGAACUAUCAAAAUACUUGUGCAAAUGCACAGGUCAUGCGAAGUUGAUUAUCAUAUUAAUAUAGGCCGAUUUUAACAUGCACAAGUGCUUCAUGUCUUUCAUGGUACACAAGUUAAUGAUAUCAUUAUAACGAAUACGAAUUUUACAAAAUUCACCGUUAUAUUGAUAGUUUAUAUCAUAUAGAUCAUCCAUGUCAAAUUUUAAAGAAAUUUAAAAUCAUAUGAUAUGUCAUUGACACCCAUCAAGAUUAACGGUUUAUGAGUUUUUAUUAAAUAUCGUUAUUUUUUAUGGAUCUCAAUGACAUAUCAUAUGAUUUUCAAUUUCGUUAAAAUUUGACAUCGAUAAUCUAUAUCAUAAAAAAUUUCAAUCCAACGGUAAAUUUUAUAAAAUUCAUAUUCGUUAUAACGAUAUUGUUAACUUGUGCAUCAUGAAAGACAUGAUGCACAUAUUCAUAUUAGCCAAAGCCAUUAAUAUAUAGACAAUCUAGAGGUAUUUCUUUCUUUUUUGGUAUAAAAAAUCCUAAUAUUUCUAAGUUUGUAAUAAAGUAUGGAUUUAAUUUUCAUACACAGUCGGUGCAAAGGUAAUUUUUUUUUGUAUUAAGAUUAAUCAUCUGGUUCUUAGGAAAAAAGGUUCUAAUAAUCCAGAGUUCAACCACACAAGAUAAAAAGUUUAACCAAGUUGGUCAGACUUGAA